AUGACAGCUACAGCGACAGCAAGCCGGAGCUCUGAGCUGCGCUACGUUCAAUACGACAGCAGCCAAGAGCCUAAAUACAUGGCUGCCAUUAGACAACUGAUCUCCAAGGACCUCUCCGAGCCAUACAGUCUCUACGUCUACCGGUAUUUCCUAUAUCAAUGGGGCCAUCUAUGUUACAUGACACUCGACUCAAACGACGACCUUGUUGGCGUCGUUGUCUGCAAAUUAGAACCACACCGAGGCGGCCCGAUGCGCGGCUACAUUGCAAUGCUUGCUGUGCGGGAAGAAUACCGGGGCCAAGGCAUCGCCACGAAGCUCGUGCGCAUGGCAAUCGACAGAAUGAUUGAGUUGAAGGCGGACGAGAUUGCUCUAGAAACCGAGAUUACGAACAAAGCUGCCAUGAAGCUCUACGAAGGUCUAGGGUUUCUCAGAAGCAAGCGGCUUCAUCGAUAUUAUCUCAAUGGCAACACCGCCUUUCGGCUGGUUCUAUAUCUCAAAGAGGGCACAGCGCUCGCACAAGGAACGAAUUUUGGCGACGGCAUGGAACCUAUAAUACCGCCCCAGGUCCAAUCUAUGCCACAGCCUCAAAUGCAGCAGGUGAUAAGGUAA